CAUUAUGCGAUGGGUUUCUUAUAUUCUACUAGAUCAUUACUCUAUAAAUACCUCUCAAAUUCAUAUGACAAAGAACAUAUAGAUAUUACAUAUUCUUUAAUUCACAUUUCCUCCAAAAAUGGCAUCUUCAACUCUUCCCCUAGUAUUCAUCGUGAGAAGACAAAAUCCAAAACUUCUUGUUCCAUCAAAGCCCACACCACACGAACUCAAACAACUCUCAGACAUAGAUGACCAAAAAGGUUUUCGUUUUCAAGUUCCAGUGAUCAUGUUUUACAAAAACAACCCUUCAAUGGAAGGGAAAGACCCUGCGAGUGUGAUUAGAGAAGCACUAGCCAAAGCACUAGUGUUUUACUACCCAUUUGCAGGGAGGCUUGUUGAAGGGCCUAAUCGGAAACUCUCAGUGGAUUGCACAGCCGAAGGGGUUCUGUUCAUAGAGGCAGAUGCAAAUGUGGAGCUCGACUGGCUUGGCGACACGAUUGGGCCAGGGUGUCCAUACUUGGAGGAGCUUCUGUAUGAUGUUCCUGGAUCCGAUGGAAUUGUGGGUUGUCCUCUCUUGUUGAUUCAGGUAUCUCAUGGAGAGGUUCGGACUGAAGGAAAUCAAGCACAUAUAUAGAGAAGUGAAUACUUGCACCGCCGUCUUAGCGAACGAAGGAAGCAAGAAAGGACUCCAUGUUUUGCUUUAUGCUCCUACUUAUCUUGUUAAACAUCUUAAUGAUGAUGAUGCUAAUGGGGUUGUUUUCCCCAGAACUAUGUUUAA